AUGAACAAGUCUGCGACCGCCGAACAAGAGAGCAUUAUUGACAAGCCUCUGGCCCAGCUCGACGACUACCGCCUCUUGGGCGCGUCGGGCCUGCGCGUGUCUCCCCUCUGCCUCGGGGCCAUGACCUUCGGCGCCAACUGGGGGCAAUGGGGCGCAGGGUUCGAGGAAAGCAAGCGCAUGUUCGACUUCUACGUCGAAAAGGGCGGCAACUUCAUUGACACGGCCAACGUCUACACCAACGGCACCAGUGAGCAGUACGUGGGUGAGCUGGUGGCGCCGAUUCGCAGCCAGAUGGUGGUGGCCACCAAGUACAGCAUCAAUCUGCCGCCCUUCCCUGGUCUUCCGCCUUCACCCACGGCCAAGAACGCCAACUACGGCGGCAAUCACCGCAAGGCCCUGGUGCAGGGGCUUGAUGAAUCGCUGAAGCGCAUGAAGCUGGACUACGUCGACGUCCUCUAUGUCCACGCGUGUGACGGCGUGUGGGAUGUAAUUUCGGAUGAGGCGGCGUGCCGUAUCGUGGCGAGCGAGAGCGACGACAUCCUCAAGGCCAGCAUGAAGCUGCGGGACUACGCGUACCUCUUCGGCAGCCAGGACAACAUCUCCGUCAUCAUCGUCAAGUUCAAGUAG